GGAGGAAGGUGAAGAUAAAGAAAAACAUCAAAUCCUCACAUUUGAGAAGAUAAAAUGGUGUCCUAUUAACCAGGACACAGUGAAAGUCACAUGAUCGCCCACAAAAACCUGCUCCACUCUGUGUCAGCAUGACAGAGCGAGAAGGGAACAACAAAGAAAAUGAUGACAGCUCGCAGCUUCAGUAUCUUCAUCGUCAUUUGUCUGAACUUCAUCCUCCACCAAUGUCAUGGGUUCGAGGUGAAUCAGCCACAGUUUCAGACAGUAAACCCGGAUGGAUCUGCCACAAUCUGCUGCGAGUACACCGUCGACAACGUCUCUGUUAAAGAUGUCCGACUCAACAGCAUUACGCAAGGAAACAAGCCGCACAUGCUCUGCAAGAAGGGAAUGACACACUGUAAAAACAUUACCAUGCAUUCAGAAAAUCCCAAGAAGUGGCUCUUCAUCUUACUCAACAUCGGGCCAGAGGCCAUGGAUGUGGAGUAUGAGUGCGAGUUCACGGUGACAAUAAAUGAUCUCGAUGUCGAAAGGAAGGGGUGGACUCCAACCAGACUGCAGCGAGGUCGACAGGAAACAGGAAAGAGCCGCGUCACUCCACCUCCAGAUCCUCAUCAGCUUAAUCAGCUCAGCUGGAUUCUUAUCGGUCUGCUCACUGUCAUAUUCCUGUGCGGCUGUGUCCUCGCCUGCCUCUACAUCAGCCUGAGGGUACAGAAACAGCGGCUGUGCUCCAGCUUUCGUCCCGCGUUGCAGUACAACAACAACAACGCGGAGAACAGCACCUACGUGGAAAUGAGAAAAGCUCCUUUUCUGACAAACAAGGGUUUCGACAUUUACAACUGACGUGUGUGUGGCUAUAUGUCAGCAGAGGGUAAACGUCCCAGUGCAGUUAUGAGGUCAUGGUCUGAAAGGUUUCCUCCACCUGCCUCUUUGUCACGUGUCACCGUUGCAGUACCGCAGUUGAACACCAGAGUGAGACAAAGACUGUUCAAAGGGGGGAUGCUCUCUCUCUCUCAUUUGUGCUUUUAUUCGUGUGCUUCCAUUAUACUACUUAAAGGAAGCUCAAGUAUAAUGAAUACUAUAACAUUUAUUCUGCACUGUCAGAAAACGUUUGUUUAUUUUCAUUGUGUAUCUAAUAUAGAUUAAUUUUACGCUUUUUAAGGCACCUGGUCGUCCCAGGUGGUGUUUUUUUUUGUUAUUAUUUUUUAUUUACCAGUUGUGUUUGAGAGAACCUUGAUCGUUCGAGAGGAUUUCAUUCUUUAGGACAGAAAUUGAAAGAAUCUCACAAACUCUUAUUCCCUAUGCUCACUGAAAGUAGAAAAAGUAGUCCCUCACACUCUUACUUCAUAUGCACAAAUUCACUUAAAAGUGAAUUAUAAUUAUGUUUCUUUAAGAUAACAAACAAUGUGUUGCAAUGUGUGUGCAAUAAAAUAAAUAAAAUAAAAUAUUCCACCUUUAUUUAACCAGAUAAAAGACCCAUCAGAGAUCAAGACCUCUUUCACAAGACCAGAAACUCUGAUUUGUGAUGCAGGCCACUCCUACUUGACACAUGUGCUGCCCAUCACAGCAAUCAACCUCCACCUGGUGACAGGGAGCAAGUAAUCAGUGGGUAAUUUGACGUUUUAACCUGCACAAAAACACAUAAAGUGAAGGUUUAAACAUGUGAAUAUCUUAUUUCUUUUAACAGGGGUCCAUAAAAGUUCAUGUAAUGAUGGGGUGGAUCCAAAAUUGUUCCCUUCUUCCUCAACACAUUGUUUGUUAUCUUAAAGAAACAUAAUUAUAAUUCACUUUUAAGUGAAUUUGUGCAUAUGAAGUAAGAGUGUGAAGGACUUCUUUUUCUACUUUCAGUGAUCAGCACCUUUAAAACCAACAUUGAUGUUUGUGUGUUUCUUUUUCCAUUUAUUUACAAACACAAAUAAGUUUAAUAAACCUUAAAUAAUAAAGGAAGGAGGAAAAUAAUCAAAUACAUAUAUGGCAAUGACCUAAAAUGAAAAUGAAUCCAUUGUGACUUGCAUUAACUAUUUCAUCUCUUUCGUUCUUUUUUGAUGUUUGAUAUUGUUUUGUGUAUCUUUUAUUUGUCAUUUGGAAGCAAAAAACCCCCCCAAAACCCCAUUGUAAUCAAACUAAUCCACUGUUUAAUUCAUAAUACCAACUGAAAUAUAAAGAUUUAGUAGAAAACAACACAAUACAGUCGCAAGUGAGUGGGUAUUCAUAUAUAAAAAAAGUCACCUUGUUACAUUAAUGCCACCAUGCAAUAUACGAUUAAAACAAGUUACGUUACUGAAAUAUGUACGAACUAGUGUUGACAUAAAUGCUCACACUUUAUUUUUUCCAUGUUUUUCUGAAAAGAAUUAUUGCUUGUUGAAAAUGAACCAAAAAUAAACGUCAUGAGUUUGCUG